UUAACGCGGAUGGGAAGAAAUAACGAGGCUAAAAGUCGUUGACAUGCUAAUAGUAGCCGAGCUAAGUAACUAGCUAGCGUUAGCUAUCGUUGACUGUGAUGGCAACAUCAACUCCACUGAGUUUUGCUCCCGUGUUAAGUCAAAAGCAACGCAGGGCUGCUCUGAGGAAAGAGAGAAGAAAACGGAAACGGCAAGCUCUUGCCCAAGCCAGAGGAAAUGUUUUAGGUUUAAAAAAUGGAGCGCCUGGCGAUGAAGAAAUAAAUGAUGAGGAUAGUGAGAAUAAUGAUAUUGCUGAGGAGGAAAGACUGCGGCUGCACGAAGAGUGGCUGGAAAAAGAGAGGCUUGCCCAGGAGGAAUUCAGGCUGAGGUCUGAGAGGGAGGAAGCUGCAAGGAAAAGGAAAGAGGAGGAGGAGCGGAUGAUAAAAGAGGAAUGGGAGGCCCAGCAGAGGAGAGAACAAGAGGAAAAAGAGCAGAAGCAGCAGGAGAAGCGAGGCAGAGAGGAGGCUGUUCAGAAAAUGUUGGAUGAAGCUGAAAAUCAGCUAGAUAAUGGAGGACCAUGGAUGAAUCCUGAGGCUCCUGUGACGGAGAACUCUGAGAACUUUGGGACUGAGCGUGACGUAGCCAACUGUCCGUUCUUCCUUAAGACCGGAGCAUGUCGAUUUGGGGAAAGAUGCUCUCGGAAGCACGUUUAUCCCACAGCCAGCCCGACUCUGAUGAUCAGAGGUAUGUUUAUAACGUUUGGCAUGGAGGAGUCACGUCGCGAUGAUUACGACAUUGAUGCUUGGUUGGAACACAGCGAGGAGGAGCUGCAGGAAUCUUUCCUCGAGUUCUACCAUGAUGUCCUGCCGGAGUUAAAGAGUGUUGGCAAGGUGGUGCAAUUCAAGGUCAGCUGCAAUUACGAACCACACCUGAGAGGAAAUGUUUACAUUCAGUUUGACACUGAGGAGCAGUGUAAAGAGGCCUUAAUCAAGUUCAAUGGGAGGUGGUACGCAGGCCGGCAGCUUCAUUGUGAGUUAUGUCCUGUAACACGGUGGAAGAACGCUAUAUGUGGAUUGUUUGACAGACAGAAGUGCCCCAAAGGGAAGCACUGUAACUUCCUACAUGUAUUUCGAAACCCUGGCAAUGAAUUCUGGGAGGCUGACAGAGACCUACAUAUGUCACCAGACCGCAGCGUCAGGGGGAGUCGCAGAGACGGGUGGCAAUCAGAGCGAUACGGAGACCGAUCGUGGAGGCAACGUCACUGCAGCAGGAGCCCGCCGAGAUCUGAGAGAUCACACUGCAGACGAGAGGGCAACAGGCGGAGGAGCACGAGCAGAGAGAGGAGUCGAGAGAGCAGGGCCUCCCACCAGCAUAGAGAGGACAAGUGGUCUUCCAGAUCCAAACACAGUGACAGGAGGAACAACUGGUAUAUGAGCAGAAGUAGGGACAGGUCGAGGAGUUUAAGUAGAGACCGAGAGCAAGACAAGCUGAGAAACAGGAGUAGAGAAAAAGACAGGGAGCACAAGUUUAGGAAUAGAAGUGAAGAGAGAGACAGUAGAGACAAAGACACAGACACUUAUGGAAAAGCCAGAGAAAGGUCAAGAAGCUCAAGCAGAGAAGGGGAAAGAAAGAAGCAAAGUAGAGAAAGGAGCCCCAAGAAACCAGAUAGAAAUGGGAAAACCUGUAAUGAUGAUCUCAACACACGCCGCCACCACAAACAGUCCAAAAAGAGCAAGAAAAAGAACAAGAAGAAGCACAAGAAGAAAAACCAUUUGCCUGAAGAGACAGGCACAUCUGGUGAGUCUGAAAAGGAGCGAGAGUCAAAGGAGGAGACCAUGGAGAAUCUCACUGCAACAAGUCCCCAUCGGGAAAUAAAUGAUACAGAGCUAUUUCAGAAAAACAAUGAUGUGGAUGAGAGUCCCCGUGUUGACAGUGAGAAGACUUAAAUACCAAGUGCGCCUGCUGGAAAAAGUGACACGAGUGCCUCUUAGUGGCUUCUACAUAAGAAAAUCUGUACAUUUGUUUUGGCUUUUCUCCUUAUAACUAUGACUGUAUAGAGAGGAAUACAUUCUUGAACAGUCACUUGACACCAUGUACAUAUGUGAAUAUUUUGCUCUUGUAAAACGGUUAAUGUUGCUUUAAUAAUUGAACACUUGAUCACUAUUGUUGCAGCUGAGUAAAAACAAAUCUAAAACAAAA